AUGACGGCGAACACUCGAGAUUCUAGUCUUCAACCACUGACAGUAUACCCGCUUAAUGACCCGCCAUUAACUACGGAGCCUGAACCUUUUGAUGAUCCUAAUGAUUAUAAUCCAAACACCCCAAUUGCAUUAGAUUUCGGCUCGUAUGAAGUUCGGGCUGGAUUCACUUCACAAGAUACCCCAUCGCAUGUUUUCCCAACGAAGAUAGUAAGGUAUAAGGAAAGGAAGAUCCAAAAGGCAUUGACGUUCAUUGGAAAUGACUGUAGUCUCGACAAUGCAGUAAGAUCUCAUAGUAGGUCUCCAUAUGAUGGGUCUUUGAUCACCAAUUGGGAGUAUAUGGAAGAUAUGCUAUCUUAUACUUUCCAUCACCUUGGCGUUCAACCUAAUGAUGGAAUUUCGAAUCCCAUGAUACUUACCGAAAAGAUGGCUACAGUGCAAGCUCAAAGAUCGAAUUGGUACCAGCUACUGUUUGAAUGCUACGGAAUACCGCAAGUAACUUUCGGAAUAGAUGGACUUUUUUCAUUCUAUGCAAAUAAUUCACCUGAUUCAACUGGGUUAAUAAUAAAUAGUGGCCACGAGGAUACCAACAUCAUUCCUGUCAUUAAAGGUAAAGGGAUACUCUCCGAAGCAAAGAGGAUUGACUGGGGUGGUAACCAAUCAAUUGAUUAUCUAAAGAGCCUCUUAUCUUUGAAGUAUCCGUAUUUUCCUUCUAAAUUAACCGAUUAUCAUUUCCAGUCAAUGUACCAGAAUCAUUGUUAUUUUGCAAAAAACUACGAGGAAGAAGUUAGUGACAUGUUCAAGCUUGACGUUUUGGAAAACAAAGACAUUGUACUAGAAGCACCUUUCACAGAAGUUAUACAACCACAAAAGACCGAAGAAGAACUUAGAAUCCAAGCUGAAAAAAGAAGGGAGACUGGUAAGAGGUUACAAGAACAAGCCAAACAAAGAAGGUUAGAAAAACUUCGUCAAAAAGAGGAAGAGUAUGAGUAUUAUGUUAAUAUCAGAGAAGAAUUGCGCGACCAACCGAAGAGACAAAUUUUAAUAACUCUACAGAACGCAGGAUUUGACGAUGAACAAGACUUUAUCAACUACAUCUCAAACCUUGAAAAGGUUUUGAAAAGAGGCCGUAUAUUAGACGUGGAAGACGACGAUCAAGAAGAAUCUCAGGAGUCCAAAUUUGAUUUAGUGGAUGUCCCAGAUGAAGAGCUAAACGAUGAACAAAAAAAGGAGAAACGUAAGCAAAGGCUAUUAAAGGCUAACAUUGAAGCAAGAUUAAAGGCAAAAGAGGAAAAAGCACAAUUGCAAAAGGCAUUGGAAGAAGCGAAGAAAAAGGAUGAAGAUUGGCGGAAACAAGAUUUGAAAGGGUGGACAAGGGACAAAAGAUUCAAACUCGCGAAAUUGAUCAAAAGUAGAAAGGACAAGUUGAAGUUGAAGGAGGAAAUGAAGGACCGUAAAUCACAAGCUACUCAAAGAAGAAUGAAGAAUCUUGCAUCUUUGGCAGAGGACAGUGUUGGUCCCGGUAAAAGAUCUAGACAGGCCACUAUAGAUAACGAUCCCUCUGACACUUUCGGUGCGAAUGACGAUGACUGGACUAUCUAUAAUGAUAUAGCAAUCACACCAGAGGCUUUAGACGAAUCCAUCGAAGAUGAAUACCGGGAGAUUGUGGAACUAGAGAAAUCUUUGUUAGAGUUUGAUCCAUCAUUCACGGAAGAAGACACCCUAGAUGCGCAGUAUGAUUGGAGAAAUUCCGUCCUCCAUCUUUUCUUAAGAGGUCCUCGUCCUCAUAAUGGAGAAGAUGUUCAUCAACAACAUCAAUUACAUCUAAAUAUUGAAAGAAUACGAGCUCCUGAAGUCAUUUUUCAGCCCUCAAUGGGUGGUCUAGAUCAAGCUGGGAUUGCUGAGUUAGCCGAUGGAAUAUUAACUAAAAAGUUCGGAUCAGGGUCGAGUAAAUUAUCUCAACAAUGCCUUGAUAUGGCAUCAAACAUUUUCAUUACCGGUGGUAAUACUAAAAUUCCCAAUCUUCGCGAAAGAAUUGUGAAUGAGUUCACUGGAUUUUUACCUGUAAACACUCCAUUGAAUGUAAACUAUGCUCAAAACGUCUCGCUUGAUGCGUGGAAGGGUAUGGCAAAGUUUGCACGUAGCGAUACUUAUUCAAGUACUUGCGUUACCAAAGUGGAGUAUGAAGAGUUUGGCCCCAAUUAUAUCAAAGAACACAAGUUGGGUAAUGUUCGAUUUGUCGACUAA